AUGUCCCCGGAAAUGUUCAAGGGUGCUGGAUACACCCGUGCCACCGAUAUUUGGACAUUCGGAAUCCUGGCAUUGGAGCUGAUCACCGAAAUUGCUGGGGACAAACUGGAUUUUGUGAAAAGAAUGCUCCAGUUUGAAGAAAACAGAAUAAGCUCGGGUGAUGUCAAAUGGGACACAAUUCUGGACUAUUCUUUUAAAGACGAUCCAUACCAAUUGCCAGCAAAAGAAAAUAGCAAGGAUCCAAUUAUUCUAGAAGAUCCAAAAAACUGGUAA